CUCGACCUCUGCAGCCCUCGCGGCCCCCGCUGCCGCCUCCGCCGCCACGUUCCCCCAGUCACUGCGUCAACCCCCGCUGGGCCGCGGAGCCCUCAGCGCUCUCCGCGGAGGCCUGGCGGUGCGCGAUUGCUGCGGAGCCGCGGGGCUGCACCGCCGCUUACCCUUCCCUGAGCGCUGCCUGAGCUGGCUGCAAGCGCAUCGGGGAGAGGUGGGCCGGCUCCUCCCCUGCCGCUGGAAGGAUGCCCUCGCCGCUGCCUCCGGUUUCCGGGGCUCGGGAGUUGGUCACUUCAGGCCGGUCUCCCAGCGAUCCUCUCCGGGCCUAGACACCCCGCCGAGGUCCCCAGCGAGCUUGCCUGGCUCCCGGCCCUCUUUCCGUACCAUCCGUUUGUAACGUCUUUUCACGUCCCUCCGCCCCCCAUCCUCCGCCCAACUGUGAGAAGAAGCUUUUGUAUUUCUUCUUUGUAUGUUUGUCGAGGUUGGCGGUGCUGAGCUUUGUCUUAGAAGCAGGCGUUCGGGGGCCGGGGUCGUCUUCUCCACCCGCGGUUUUUUUUGAGCUGCUGAUUACCCUCCCCCAGCGCUGUGUUCCUCUUUUGAAAUUUACACAUUUUCUGAAGGGAGUGAAAGGGCUCUUCGCUCCCGGAAGAGAGAGGUUUGGUUUUGGUUUGAUAAGCGAGACGAAAAUAUUAGAAAAAUAAAGGGAUGGCGGUUGUAUGGAUGUGUAUGCUUGUAAAAAACUACCUAGCUCUACGCAGAAGAGGGCAUUUAAUUCUUAAGUAAAACCUAAGAAUACCUUUCCUCAGAAACUGUGUUAUGCUGCCACCACCAGGCUGUUUUUCAUAUCUUUUAUUAGAGGAAUACUAAGAAACAGAAAUGCUCAUUGCAACUGCUACCUGGAGUUACCUUGAGUAUGUGAGGUAUUUUAUGCAUGGGGUUUGUAAAGAAGGAGACAACUGUCGCUACUCGCAUGACCUCUCUGACAGUCCGUAUAGUGUAGUGUGCAAGUAUUUUCAGCGAGGGUACUGUAUUUAUGGAGACCGCUGCAGAUAUGAACAUAGCAAGCCAUUGAAACAGGAAGAAGCAGCUGCUACAGAGCUAACUACAAAGUCAUCCCUUGCUGCUUCCUCAAGUCUCUCAUCGAUAGUUGGACCACUUGUUGAAAUGAAUACAGGCGAAGCUGAGUCAAGAAAUUCAAACUUUGCAACUGUAGGAGCAGGUUCAGAGGACUGGGUGAAUGCUAUUGAGUUUGUUCCUGGGCAACCCUACUGUGGCCGUACUGCGCCUUCCUGCACUGAAGCACCCCUGCAGGGCUCAGUGACCAAGGAAGAAUCAGAGAAAGAGCAAACCGCCGUGGAGACAAAGAAGCAGCUGUGCCCCUAUGCUGCAGUGGGAGAGUGCCGGUACGGGGAGAACUGUGUGUAUCUCCACGGAGAUUCUUGUGACAUGUGUGGGCUGCAGGUCCUGCAUCCGAUGGAUGCUGCCCAGAGAUCACAGCAUAUCAAAUCGUGCAUUGAGGCCCAUGAGAAGGACAUGGAGCUCUCAUUUGCUGUGCAGCGCAGCAAGGACAUGGUGUGUGGGAUCUGCAUGGAGGUGGUCUAUGAGAAAGCCAACCCCAGUGAGCGCCGCUUCGGGAUCCUCUCCAACUGCAACCACACCUACUGUCUCAAGUGCAUUCGCAAGUGGAGGAGUGCUAAGCAAUUUGAGAGCAAGAUCAUAAAGUCCUGCCCAGAAUGCCGGAUCACAUCUAACUUUGUCAUUCCAAGUGAGUACUGGGUGGAGGAGAAAGAAGAGAAGCAGAAACUCAUUCUGAAAUACAAGGAGGCAAUGAGCAACAAGGCGUGCAGGUAUUUUGAUGAAGGACGUGGGAGCUGCCCAUUUGGAGGGAACUGUUUUUACAAGCAUGCGUACCCUGAUGGCCGUAGAGAGGAGCCACAGAGACAGAAAGUGGGAACAUCAAGCAGAUACCGGGCCCAACGAAGGAACCACUUCUGGGAACUCAUUGAGGAAAGAGAGAACAGCAACCCCUUUGACAACGAUGAAGAAGAGGUUGUCACCUUUGAGCUGGGCGAGAUGUUGCUUAUGCUUUUGGCUGCAGGUGGGGACGACGAACUAACAGACUCUGAAGAUGAGUGGGACUUGUUUCAUGAUGAGCUGGAAGAUUUUUAUGACUUGGAUCUAUAGCAACCUUGUGUGGCGUGUGAACUGGUCUGCUGACCCCAGACAGCAGCUGUCCCCUGUGGUGGUGUGGCAGGGCCUGUGUUCUCUCCUAGGCAGGCCUCUCAACUCCAGGUGCUGUCCUAAGAAUUUUUACCCAGGGCCUGUCUUCUCAACCCUCACCUUUCCCUGAGGAGUGUGUUGUUUUCCCUGUUGAAGAAAGUUACAAAAAUAAAUCUUAAAGUUAGUUUUUUGUAACACGAAUUUAACUGUCAGACAGUUAGUGUAGGUGUGUUGCGUCAUCUGUUUUCAACCAGAUUGCGUUUAUGGACUUUUCACACACUCAUUUUGAGGACCCCAGGUUCAAAAGUAAAAGCAGUGGCCCUGCUUUGGGGUCCAAGAAUAGGAGUGAUGGGUGAAGGGACCUAAGCUGGCCAAUAGCCCUCUGCCCUAGACAUGGGAUGUGUGGAUCCUUGAGGUUUCUGGAGAAAUCUGCACAUCUGUGUUUUUAUAUCUGUUCCCUACCCUGUAAUCCCUACCACGUGCACUUGUUCUGUGGUUUUGGUCUCUUGUCUAAUUGCACACAAGUAAUACUACUGGGUAACCAGAAUCAGGUGUGAAUGUGUUGAGAUUUUUACUGUUUUGCAUGAUAGGAAAAUUGAGAAAGAAUACAUAUACAAGAUAGGCAUAACAUCAAUGCAGAGUUGGAAGUUGACUCCCAAGGGCUGACAUGGUAUGAGUGUGGGUGUGUGAUAAGCUUCUCAUCCCUGCAUAGAUGCAGUAUUCUUAGCCUUAGUAGAAAAACCUGGUUUAGUGGUUUAAGCCUUGUGUGGCAGAUAGAUCUUAAAGGGCAAAGCAGUAUAUUGGUAGUUGUCAAUAUAGCAGUGCUAGCUCUGUCUAUAUAAAUAGAGAAAUGGGGUUAGCCAUAGAGGUUAAAACUACCUGGUUAUCCCAUAUAUUAACACAAACUGGGUCUUGGAUACACAGUUGUAUUUAAUGUUUUACGAUCUAGCCUUUCAGUACAGGCACUUUCUGAGAAACCUUUGUCCUCAUUUGAAGCAUUUUGUUGUCGGGUUUUUGUGUUCGUUUUUGUGGGUAUUUGCCUCAUUCCACCCCUGAGCUUUCAGGUAGACAGAUGUGAUUCAAAACUCUGUUCUAAGAUGUUUAUUGUGGCGGAGUAAUGGGUUUGCAGUGAUAAGUCAUACUUUUCCACCGAAGGGGAGGGCUUGGGAAUCCCUGAGACUAGCUAAAAUUAAGUUGUUGGAAGAAUUCCUUGAUUGGAAAUUUUACCUUUGUGUUUUAUUGCUGUUUCCUGAAAAUAACUCGGGGAUGCUCCUGGUUUGUCCAUCUACUGCUUUGAUUCCUUGGAUCCCACCCAUUCUUUCACUUUAAGAAAAAACAAA